AUGGCAAUCUACAGGUUAGAGAAUGAUACUGACCACUGGUGGAAGAACACCGAACUCAUCCUUAAUGCUCGAAACACGAGAGUGACAUGGGAAGUAUUCCUGGAGCAGUUCUAUGAGAAGCACUUUCUGAGGUCAGUCAAGGAUGAAAGGAAAGCAGAAUUCCUAUCCCUGAAGCAAAAGGAGAAUGAGUCCUUUGAUGAACACCUAUCCAAAUUCAUCCAUCUCUCUCACUACUCUAGCUACCUCCAUUACCGAGACGAUAAGAGGUAUUACAAAAGAUUCAGUAAGGACUUCUCUUGGAUUACUCUUCUGCUGGCCAAGUUGACCAAGAAGAACCAGCUGUUCUUGUGGGACGAGAAGAGUAAGGCUAGUUUUCAGGAGCUAAAGAGGAAGCUCACCUUUACUCCCAUACUUAUACUCCCUGAUCCUAUGCAAACGUAUGUGGUCUUCACGGACACUAACCCACGACCUGGAGUUGGUAGUAAUAGUUUAAGCAUUAAAGAUAUAGAGACUUUACCUGUACGGAGCAACGAUAGAGUUGUUUGCAACCACAAGAGCCUCAAAUACCUCUAUGAUCAGAGAGAACUGAAUAUGAGGCAAUGUAGAUGGGUGAAUUUGCUCAGAGAUUAUGAUCUCCAGAUUAAGUACCAUCCACGCAAAGCGAAUGUGGUUGUCGAUGCCUUAAGUAGGAAGGCAGUGCAGGUAGCAUCACUAAUGAUCAAGGAGCAAAAGCUGAUAGAAGAUUUCAGAGAUUGGAGUCCUCUAUAUCAGAUACAGCUAGUAGAAGGAAAUAGAGGUAGAACACAGUAUACAGCUCUGCUCAGGGAUCAGAUCAAGGAAGCGUAG